GAGCUCCCGGCGGCAACGCCUGCAGGCGCCGCUCCGUGCUGCCAGCCCGCUGAACGCGUUCCUGCCGCGUGAGCUGACGGUGCUGCUGAUGUAAGCAGCUGACGACUUCAGUAUCUUGCAGUGUGAGAAAUGGAUCGCAGCGUUUAUCAAGUUUAUGAAGAUGAAAUUCAGCUACUGGAAGCAGAAAUUAAGCUGUUGUCUGAAAAAUAUGAAGAUAUCCAACAGGAAUCCACCUUUUUUUCUGAUGAAGAAGUACAGAUGUCAGUAAAAUUAUUCCAAGGGGAAUUUCUGGGAGAACUUAAGGGACAUACGUCUCCAUGGGACCUGAAGGCUGAACUUGAAAGUCUAGAGAGAGAUCUCUCCUUUUUGGUGAAGUUCACUGGUAUUCAGAUCACAAGUCAUUCUAAGAAAACAUUAGAAAAAACUGCAAAUAGAACAGUUCAGAAGCACAGAUUAUCAGGAAAUUGCCAGUCCUUGCCUUUUUGUUUGGAAUUCCAGCUUCUUGAAGUGCAGAACAACAAGAAUGUGUCUGCUGCUGUUACUGACCUCCGCAUCCUAAUGGAAUCGGGGCCGUAUUCAGAAUUAAGCAAGUUUGUGUCCAGCAUUGAAGAACAUGGAAAUCUUCUGAUGUUUUUCAGGAGCUUUUCAUCUUAUGCCGAGUGGUGCAAACAUCGUAGGUGCACCUUCUUACAUUUCAAGGCCAAAUAUCCCAACAUCGUCAUCCUUCCAGAAGGACAGGAGGGAGAUCACAUAAUUCUAAGGAACCGUCAGCUUCCCGGGUUUGAGUUAAUGAUUGUUUGGAAGAUGCUCAUCAGUGAAGAAGGGACAACUACACCUGUUCUGGACCUCCUGCCCAAAGUACCAGAGCAAGUUGGUGAGCAGAAGAAAGCAGCUAUUGACAAUGCACCCACCUGCUUCCGAAGCAUGCUGCUUCUGUUUGGGAUUGAAACUGCUAUUGAGAAUCUGAUUCAAGCAUUCAGCUUGGAAAAAUGAAUACCAGCAUCAUGUACAACAGGUAGCAAUUUCAAAAGUAGUUUUAAUUAAGGUAUUGUGUUACGCAGUCUAUAAUUUUAUUGAAUAUAAACAUUAAGUUAUUCUCCAUUUAGAAACCAUACUCAUAAAACAUGCUAUCUGUACAAUUAUGGCACGUUAUAUAUAAAUUGUCAUGACAUGAAAAUAAAUACAGCCAUUUAAAUACAAAAAUGCCAAAUAAAAUAGUUACAU